GCAGGAAAAGCAUUUAGGAAAUUUCUUCCCCUCUUUGAUCGUGUUCUGGUUGAGCGAUGUGCGGCUGAGACGGUAACCAAAGGAGGCAUCAUGAUUCCAGAAAAAGCUCAAGGCAAAGUGCUACAAGCGACAGUAGUAGCA